AUGCUCGGUGAGGGAAUGGAUGAGUCUGCUGGGGACCCAUUUCCUCUCGUGGAGAAGUUUGUUUCCCUGGGGAGGCUGUACCUCAAACCUCUUCAGUUCUUCCUGUCGGACAGCUGGACAGACAAGAACAACCUCGACAUGAUUCUGAGAAUCUCGGAAGAGGUAAAAAGCCACCUAAGAUGGUGGCUCGAUCCGCUGAAGCUGUCAGAGGGAGUUUCCCUCAAGCUUCAAAACCCUGACCUAGUGCUGUCCUCAGACGUGUCUACCACGGGGUGGGGAGCAAUGCUAGGGGGGGAGGAAGUGUCAGGCACCUGGAGAGGGGAACAGGUAGCCUGGCAUAUCAACCUCAAAGAGCUGGCAGCAAUCCAGUUGGCGCUCCAGUUCUUUCAAGACAAAGUCUCCCGUCGCGUAGUCCAUGUCAACUCGGACAACACCACAGCACUGGCCUACUUAAAGAAGCAAGGAGGAACGCACUCUCGCUCCCUGUUCGCUCUAGCAAAGGGGAUUCUUUUAUGGGCGAAAGCAAGGGGAGUCACGAUCCUAACAAGGUUCGUCGCCGGAGUCGAGAACGUCCGUGCGGAUCUCCUCAGUCGGCAAGAACAACUGCUGCCGACAGAGUGGACCCUCCACCAGGAGGUAUGCCAGGAGCUGUGGAGUCUUUGGGGAUGUCCUCUAGUGGACAUCUUUGCGACGUCGAAGACAACGAGGCUUCCUCUCUAUUGCUCCCCUGUUCUAGAUCCAGGAGCAGUGGCAAUAGACUCCCUUCUCUGGGACUGGACGGGUCGGGAUCUCUACGCCUUUCCCCCGUUCAAGAUACUGGGAGAAGUACUGCGAAAGUUUGCAGCUUCGGAAGGGACGAGGUUAACGUUGAUCGCCCCCUUCUGGCCCGCAGCAAACUGGUUCACAGAAGUCAUGUCCUUCCUAGUAGACUUUCCGAGGACGCUUCCAUCGAGGAGAGAUCUACUCAAACAGCCCCACUUCGAGAGGUACCACAAAAACCUCUCCGCUCUGAGUCUGACUGCGUUCAGACUAUCCAGAAGUUGGCCAGAGCAAGAGGUUUUUCAAAACCUGUGGCAAAAGCUAUUGCCACCGCAAGGAGGCCUUCAUCAAUUGCAGUGUACCAAUCGAAGUGGGCAGCUUUUAGGAGCUGGUGCAAGAAGAAGGGCGUUUCCUCUACCACGACCUCUGUGA